UUAAGGAACAUUUUCAUUUCUCAGUACGUCAAACAUGGAGGAAGAUCGUCUUUUCGAUGAAAGAAUUUCUAUUAGAGAAUCUGCACGACCAUUAAAAAAAUACGGCAGUACGUGUAAUCAUAUAAAAAGGCAUGAAGAAUAUAUAAAACAUGUAAUGGCUAAAGGAGACACGCUGCAAGGAAUUGCUUUGAAAUACGGUGUAACAAUGGAGAAGAUAAGAAGAGCAAAUCGUUUGUUCGCAUCGGAUAGCUUGUUUUUACGAGAGUAUCUUUUGAUUCCUGUAACCAAGGAUUCUCCAUUUUACGAGAAUGGAGAAAGAGUGACAGAGGUAGCACCUUCGAACCACCGUGCAUCAAUCGCGGGAAUGCCUACACGAGAUUUCUCUCCUGGCAGUCCAGAUGAAAAAGAAUCCUUUGACAACUUCCUGAAUAGGCUUGACUCUUCAAUUGCAACUAUAAAAAAACAUGUUGAAAAAACGAAGGAGAACAGCGAAUUCGUAGAUUUCGAAGACGACUUUGUGCGACAUCGCCCAACCGCUCGGCUGCGGCAAUCGGCAUCUAUGGGUGCAUCUACGUCGUAUAAUGAGGUAAUACCGCCGCCAUUGCCGCCUCCCCCUGGGCUUACGCACGGCCGACGUGUGGACACCUCACUGAAACGGCUCGAAAGGGCACACGAUGACCUCUUUCAGUUGUAGCGCCCGAUACAGCGCAGAUAUGCGCGUUUCUAAUGAGCACGUCUGCGAUGUGGGCGCGAUCGUCACGUUUGUUGCGUAUGCAUACGUAUACGUAAAGCGAACGUAAUGGCUGCUAAACUGACACAUUGGAGGGGUCUGAGAGUGAUAUUAGAUAUGUUAUGAUCUGUUUAACUAGUGUUUGCAUCUGGGAGGUAAAUUUUAACUUUUCUCAAUAAUUUUUGUUGCACGUUUUAAAGUUAUACGUUUUGUAUCUUAUAGUUCGAAAGAUCGCUGCCACUGAGAGAGGAAUUCCUUAUUUUUUUAUGGAUAGAUUUACCUUCCAGGAGUUUCUUAUUUAUUUGUUAUAACUCAUUGUUCAUUUGCAUUUAACGUCAUUAAUAUUGUCACCAAUUUUUUUGACGCAAAUGAAUAGUCUCUUGCAUAAUUCGUUAGGCAUAAGCUACACUGUGUAAAAAUGUAUAGAAAAAAUAUUUUUGUAAUUUUUCUGUUUCUUAACUUCUCAAAUUGCGGUCUCCAUGGUCUAACCACUUUAUUCCAUGGUAUCAAAAACCGUACAACGCAUAUUAGCCUUCUACAGUGACCAUAAGUUUUCUAUGCUAUUGUCAAUUUAGUACAUCCGAUUUUAUUAGUUCAUAUCAUUGCAGAUUUUUAUUUGUAAUAGAUGUUAGUUGGCAUACAAAUUAAGUUACCUGCUUCAUCUCUUGUACACCUUUUAUCUUAAAUUAAAAUUUCUUUAACGGAUUUAAAUGCGAAUUUAAUGUUUAGAUAGUUUGAAGUGCUUCUUACCAAUCUAACCAUUAGUAGGACGCUCCAUGUAGAGUCUGAUACAAACCAUAUAGCAGCUUCGUAAUGAUGCACAGAAAUAUAAGUAUUUUCCUUAUCCAAAAUACUCAUCUAUAGACAUGAUCUACUAAAAUAAUAUAUCAUAGUAGGAGAACGACAUUAUCACGCUUGGUCACGUGACAAUUUACAUACAAAUUGGUUUACGAGUCUCUAUCUGUGACUAACUUCAGACUCAUUAGUUUGCUAUAAUAGUUUUCAGUCCUGAACCACUAUUAAUAGAUGAAUCACGAGAACCCGUUAUGAUAAAAGAUAAAAUAAUAAAUGUCAAUAUUAUGAAGCCAUAGGAUGCUAUACCAUAAUUUCUUGUUGUUCUCAUAAUACAUAAUAAUUCUAAAUAAUAUAUUAAAAGUGUUUAUUUUGUUGUCUAAACUUGUCCAACUAUACUUAAGGUUAUUUGUGCAAUAAUUUUGAUCACAAUGUUGUUAGUAAACCUCGUUAUAUAAUUAUAUAUUGACGUUUUAAUUUGGUUGGAACUUAGCACAUUUAAUAGAUUUUUAUGCAUUCACAAGAGCAUCUUCAAUAUAUACUAUUAAAGUUAUGCCAUUCGCUCUAUAAUAAUUGUCGGAGUUUGGAUUAUAUUAAAGGUUACGUCUAAGAGAUUUCACUGUUUAGUAUGGCUGAAGUCCAAGGCCACUAGCCAGCCACUUGCCGUUAAAGUUUGUACAGUCCAAGUGAUCCUUUAAUUGUACUAAUAUAGUUAUGCUAGAUAAUCCUUUAUUAAUAAAGCUAGAAUUUGUUACUACAAAUAAUAUUGUUUUCUGCUGAUAUUUUGACGUUAUUCUGGCAGCUGGCCUUCAACGUUACCAGGGGCUUUAGACAAAAUCACCCAUUAACGCCAAACAAAUUUGUAUGAAAAUGGUCACGUGACAAGCUCAUGUCAUUUGCAUAUAGUGGAUCACGACUGUAUAAAAGUGAUUUUGUCUAAAGUCCAAAGCCUCGCAAAGGAAGACAACACUUCUAUCAUUGUAUCUCAUUGCAGUAAAAAACUAAAGCUUAGGUUUCCUAGACAAGCGGUGCCGCUAACCAACGGCCGUCAUUUUACGGUUGUUAAUAACGGCCGUCUU